GUGUAGAGUGUUUGCUAUCCAUCAUUCCUUUUGGCUGUGGUCAAAGCCAAACAGAAUGUGAGGCAACAAAUACACAACACACAUAUACAUUACACAAAUAUACAAGCAUGUUUCUGGCCCAUGGUGCUAUUAAAGCUUUAUUUGUCUUCAGACCUCCCCACCACACAGCUCCUCCUUUCAUGAGUGUUUAUCCUGAUCACACCGAGCUAUCAACUGUGUGUCUCUCAGCUCACGAAACUAGCAGAGAACCCUGCCUCCGUGGACUCUACUGCCCCGUGGAUACAAAUAAAUACAUCUGAUGUACCAUAACUACAGUCUCAGACAUUGAGCGUAGAGUAUUAGGUCAACAUUUUCAAAUGUACGUUGUUCGAGAAUGAAGGAGAAAUGAGAAGCCCAUUAUACUUAUGCCAUAAUGCACACUAAAGCCACAGUGGUGGUGCUCCCCAGAAAACCCCAAGAUCCUUGUAGGACGUUCUCUUCCUCUCUAACCGCUGUCAAAUGCUCGAGGCCGCAGGGGUGCGUGAGGCCUGUCACAUGACUGCUGGGAUCCUAGUGGCUGUACUGAGGCCUGGCUGUGUUCCGUCUCCCAGCCCCGUGUCCUGAACCCAUAAAAGCCCAGCGAGACACAGAGCAUAGCCUACCAUCAACACAAACACACACACACACACACACACUGAAAAAACACACGUCUCUACAGAGCUAGCACAGAAGUCCUUCAAAACCUCUCCACCAAAGGCUCUUUUAAUACCUUCACUCUAUACUCUACUUCUCUACUCUUGAAGAUCCACCAACGGGUGUCGCUUUUUGCCCUGCGGACCGCUUGGCUCUUGUCUGCCAGGGCGGGUGCGCUCGCAUCGGGGGUCGUGAGUUGUGGGUUGGUCGUCUGGCAGAGCAUCCAGCCGGGGAGAUGAGCAGCAAGGGGCGUCUGGGGGACCUGACGGAUCGGGAGCAGGAUCAGCUGAAGAUGCGGCGGGACAGCGACACCAAGGCGGCCGAGCUGGUGAAGAUGGAGAAGAUGCUGCAGCAGACCAAGGGCAUGUUUGAGAAGAAGGCGGAAAGCAGCUCGGAGACCAAGAACUACGAGGAGAACAUGGAGGACCUGGAAGAGCGCGUGCGGUCCAGCCGGCGCUUCCGGCGCAACUCACUGCACCACACGCAGAUGCUGGAGAGCGAGAUGAAGACGGUGAAGGUGGAGCUGGUGGGCACGCUGGACCACCUGCAGGAGCUGCGCAACGUGCUGCGGCGCUCCCAGCAGAAGGCCGAGGAGCGCAAGGUGGCCAUGGAGAAGCUGGCCGCGGGGCUCAGGUGAACCGCACGUUCCCCCCGCCGGCUUCCUCCUCCUCCUCCGAUGUCCGUGUUUUAUGUUUACUCUUCGAGUACGCGCUUCGUUCCGGCAGGGCGUUGUCGUCACGUCGGAAACGAUAUAUCGCUUCUCCUUCCCUGGUCCCUCUGGGUUCCCCCAUCACCCUUCACCAUGGGCACGUCGCCACACCCGGAGCAGCAAGACAGCGUAAAAACAAAGAGACGCACUGUAUGUUGUUCCCCAGCGUGCUAUAAAUACCCCCUCCGUGAUGCGGCUCCAGGCUGGCUUGUUGCGUUUGUUUUGAUGCAUUUCUUUUUUCAUUGGGCUUUGACUCUUAAGUCUUGUGUGGUUUAAAGUGUUUGUGUAACUAGAUUCAUUGGAAUAGGUUUGGUUAGCGUUAUUUUUUAAAUUGUAUUAUGUAAGGUUCAUUGACCAGUGGUUGUCUCUUUGGAUAACGUUCCCCAACGGUGUAUUACAAGCACAGGUAAAAGUCGGUUUGUUGCAAAUUGUGUUAUCGAUGGUUGAUGAUUGAUUCGUAGACUUUCGGUUGGGAACGAUCUCCGGAGCAGCUGUUAGCAAACUGAAUGAUGGUAUGCUAGUAAAUUAACUUCAAUAAUAAACAUACGUAAAUGAGUAACAAACAAGAAUUCUGUGA